UAAUAGAUAGAUAGAUGGUACAGCUUCCAACCAGCUAAUGGACUAUUGUAGUUGUACGCAGGGUGGGCUUCCAGCCUACUAAUAAUUUUAAGUACCAUUACACUAGUGGAUCCAAACAUAUGGUAUUAUUACGAUAUCAUCAUUUUCAGUUAAAUACAGCAGCACAAGCGACUUGUGUGCAGGGUCAACGGCGCGUAGUACGGUUAUGAUAAGACAAAAGUACUAUAAUACGCUAGCUUCUUCAAAUACUACGACAGCCAUCGCAGGCCGGUGGGUCAUCGUCUCAAAAGCAGUACACAGGCAGGCAUUAUCGUGCAGAUCUCGAUCGAUAGCAGGGCCACACCAUGCGGUGCCACCACCAAGCCAUUGACGGCGGUGUUGGUACUGUCGUCGUUACACUGCUUGUGGUGACGAUGGCAUCCGUCGUCCAACUGGCGCCCGCCGUCCGCCGUCCGACCACGGCGCCUGCGCUGUACGUGUUCGGGGACUCGAUCCUGGACGUCGGGAACAACAACCACCUGCCGGGGGCGGGCGUCCCAAGGGCCAACACGCCCUACUACGGCGUCGACUUCCCCGGCGGCGCGAGACCCACCGGGCGCUGGAGCAACGGCUACAGCGUCGCCGACUUGAUAGCGCAGGCCGCUAUGGGAUUCGAGAGGAGCCCGCCGGCGUACCUGUCGCUCACGCCGCGCUCCAGCCGUCUCGUCGUCAGGGGGCUCGGAGGAGUCAGCUAUGCCUCCGGAGGAGCUGGGAUUCUGGACUCCACUUUCGCCGGGAGGAACAUCCCGUUAUCGAAGCAGGUGCGCAACUUCGGCACGACCAGGGCUCAGAUGGUAGCGAGCCUGGGCUCCACCGCGGCGAACGACGUGCUGUCCCAAUCCCUGUUCCUCAUCGCGAUCGGCACCAACGACAUGGCCGCGUUCGCCAUCACGCAGCAGCAGCAGAGCGACGUCGCCGCCUUCUACGGCAGCCUCAUCUCCAACUACUCGGCCGCCAUCACGGAGUUGUACGGGAUGGGUGCGAGGAAGUUUGGCGUCAUCAACGUCGGGCAGAUCGGGUGCGCGCCGCUCCAGCGGGCGCAGAGCCCCACCGGCGCGUGCGCCGACGGCAUGAACGCGCUCGCCGCCGGCUUCAACGACGCGCUCAGGUCUCUUCUAGGGCGCCUCGGCUCCGACCAGCAGCGCCUGCAAGGCCUCGCCUACUCGCUGGGCGACCUGUACGGCCUGAUGCAGGCGACCAUAGCCGACCCACGAGCAGCUGGGCUGUCGAACGUGGACGCCGCGUGCUGCGGCGGCGGGCGGCUGGGCGCGCAGAGCGGCUGCCAGCCCAACUCGACGCUGUGCGCGGACCGCCGGAGCUACCUCUUCUGGGACUACGGCCACCCCACCCAGCGCGGCGCCGAGCUCGUCGCCACGGCCUUCUACGACGGCCCGGUCCGGUUCACCCUGCCAGUCAACUUGAAGCAGCUGAUGCUCAGCUGAGAGAGUGGAUGAUAGUACGCGUGUGUAGGGGGACCACCGUAUGCAGGUCCUGUAUGUGUGUGUUGUGUAUCUAUACCUUGCAUUGUGAUUGUAUCCUUUGAAAAGUUGUAGGUCACGAUCGACUUUUGUGUUCUUAAUUCUUAUUCUAUAUACUCAGCA